AUGCCAUCAAAUACACCAGCCAAAGACAAGCCCAAAAGCGCAGUUUUUAGACAUCGGACCACAAGAUUCCCGGCCAAAGUCGAUCCUGGCAAACUUCUCGAACGGCAAAUCAUAUGGUUCGCCAACAGUUUACCUGGCAAUAAGCUCCCCGAAAGACUCGAGGCUGCGGUCGAAAAGGUAAAGCUUCAGCAGCCAAACUGGGAGAUAUAUGCUGAUAGAGGAAAGGAGUGGCCAUCGGAAUGGGAUAUGAAUGAGGACGAUGCACUGAGUGUUGCUAUCACACGGGUUCUGAAUGCGCCCCUGCGUGAUGGUGUUGCGAUCGAAUGGCUGGGUCAGACAUAG